AAAAAUCAGUCCAAUCAGUCGUCGCUCGACUGUUUGGUCGGAAGGUUGUGUAUUCCGGAAGAGUUUUGUCGAUAUCCAGUAAUAUCGCGGGCCGUUACGGUUCUGCUACAUUUCGUGCUCUACGUAGACGAUCAACAGCGGGCGCGCAUCACGGUGUGAAAAUUUGAAGUGAUGUGAAAUAUGGCACAUGACUCCGCUCGCACUUUGGUUUACGGCGAUCGCGUUUAAUUCGGAGCCUGGAAUGAUCUAUGAACGUCGCCUGAUAUAUGAGCACCAUGGUAUAUGAGGAGACAAUUGGUAUACGGGGCAGCUGACCCCAGCCGCCGCGCACGCUUUUAAUGCGCGAGAUGCCCCACAAUCUAAACUCAGCUUCCGCCAACUCCGCCAACACGGGACCGAAUCAUCAAGCCUACCCGCAGCAGCCGUACCACCGGGAGAACGCAGAUGGACUCCAGCCUGAGAAAGAACCGGUCGAAUUCGACACGUCGCAUCUGCGGGGCGCUCCGGCGGAGGUCGAGGCGUUGGUGCACAACAUCAAGGAUGUCGCCCAACAGUUCCUCUACCACUGGCGAACGUUCCCCAUCGUCCUGCCGCCGCCGUUGUCCUCGUGCACGGAGGGCGACGACACGCUGGCGCGAAAGAAAUACCACCUGAGGGACCUCUUCGUCGCGCCCAGCUUCGACGAGCUGGACGCCGUCGCCGUGGACAGUAAAGGUGAACCGAGAAGACUGACGAACAAGCAGCUGGAGAGUAUCCGGGAACGGGGCUUACACAAGGAUAAAUAUGGAAAGCCGAAGAAGCUGAAUGCCGCUCAGUUGGAGAGCAUUCGAAGAUGCGGGGAGUUCGAAGUGGAUUCGAUCAAUUUCGCCGGGCAAGUGCACCGAUGGCGACUGAGCGGUCUUCUGCAGCGCGGCCGGGACAGACGGCGGGACGCGCUGCUCACGGAUCUCGCCCUGGCGACCAGGUUUCUCGUUGUGACGGCGAAGGCCAGAUUAGUCUCCCAUUGCUUCAGUGUCUCGCAGUCUCUUAAAGCUUUGUUAACGGGAUUGUUGCGACUGCUCGACAUUAUAAUCGGUGUACCGUCGCUCCAGGCACACAAUCUAGAUGCUAAAAUUAGGGAGGAGCGCUGUCGGUACUUGGUAGCGGAAUUGGUUUGCAGACCGGAAUAUGACGAUUCUCUGGAACUUCUCUGCGGAUUUAUACGGAAGCAACUACGCCGGGCGACCACGGAGAAGUUCGAGGUGGAGAGAGAAUCGUCUCAGCUGUUGCCCGUCUCGGUUCCCUUCGUAUUCGGGACGCCCGGUGGGGCCGCGGUUGACCUCAGACUGUUCAGCAGGGACAUAAUCCGGAAGGCUCUGCCGACGCUCGUCGCGAUCUUGGAGAGAGAGACAAGAGGCUGGUUCCUUCACUUUAGAGAAAGACUGAUAUCCGAAUUGAGAGCACAAAAGAAACCCGACGAGGAGAUCGAACGGGAAGUUAACGAAGCGGUGAUGCGCGAAUACCUGCAAAGAGUGUACUCGAAUAUCUUGUCGCACCCGGACAUACUCGCGCUUGGCAAUGGAAUUGCUCAGCUGCUGGUCCAACAGGCGCAGUCGGUCGUGCUGAUGUACCGAGCGGUGGACAAUGUACAGCGGAAGUUGUCGCAAACUAAGGACUCUCUGCGACGGCGCAUCGAGAGCGAGCACCCGGUCUUGUCGCGGAUACAGCCGUGGAUGCGCGAUCGCAUGCGGGAAGCCGAAGAGAAUUUCAUCGAGGAGUGCGAGUGGAGCGCGCAUGAGGAGGCCUACGCUCUCUGCAGCCAUCAGAAUCUCGCUCAGACCGUGUACUUUCUCAAUCGCGAUUUAACUUUCAUGAAAGAGAGAGAGCCAGUUCUUCUGAAAGAGCUGCGGAAAGUCAAAACCCCGACGAGGACUUUCCAGUGGCCAACGCAAAUCUGGCUGCCGAAGAACUGGAUAAUAAGACGCAAUUUCCAGGGUCAGUCGGAGAUCAUCCCGACCGUGCUGAGCAACACUCCGACCUCCAUCACGACGCCGCGCGCCGAUCCCAGCCAACCCGUCUUCCUGGUCGAAAGAGAGAUUUUGCACACAACUACAACGAGGUGGCCGAUGUGGCGCUGGAUAAACUACAUCGCCAGAACGUGGUGUUGGACUUGGAACGCGAUGUUCCUGCUGGGCGUGGCUGUGCCGUUGUGCAGCCCCGUGUCCGUCCGCGCUUUACUGCUGGCGCAGCCAUUCACGCCCGAUCUGGAAUUGAGUCAAUUGAACGGAACGCUGUUCCCGAGAAAGUCGUCGCAGAUGCCCACGCUCUGUUCCCGGUUAACGACACUUUGGAGGCAUAUCAGUAAAAGUCGGACGCACUUUGAAACCGAACCGGACACAGGAUUUAUCGGCAAGGGUAUGACCAGGCAUCUAAACAGGUUGUGGAAUUAUGGCGCAAAGGGUCUGCUGGGCACGCUUAUCAUACUGUUCGUGUUUCCCGUGGUGUGCGUUCUAGCGAGCGUCGGCUCGUUCAUUAUCGCUCUCACCGCGGUCCUGUGGAUGCCUCUGGUCACGUUGACACUGCACGCAUUUAUGGCGCUCAUCAUGGACCUGGAUAGUCCCGAGCCUAGUCGCAAUCGGUAUCUCGUUGUGAUGGAGGCGCUAGUCUGGAACAUCGCUAUUCAAGGAUGUCUGCAACCGAUAGCUGCGGUAUUCGUAGCUCUUGUCCUGUGCCCCAUCAUCUCAUUCAUGAUACUUACAAUUGCUGUGAUACGUUACUGGGUCCGAGUGCUCUGGGAUACGGCCAUGUUCCACUUGGUGAUCAAGAAUAGAGGUCGCAUACCAGCGAGCGAUAGCUUUGUUGUAAAGAGAAUAGCCGGGCCAGGGCUGGCUUCGGACUAUUAUUAUCAAGUAAGAGCGGAACAAGCGUUGGCCGCGUUUGAAGCAAAAUUGGAACUGGACGAACUGCUAGCUUUCCAACAAGAGAUUGAGAAAUUAAUCACUCAACCGCAGAGAGACUUUACACAGUUCGUCGAAGCCUGUUUCGGCCCGUUCGCCGCUAGUCUCGCGAAGACGAAGGAUCCGUACAAGUCGCUCGAGAAAGAAGCCAGAGAUUUAAUCACCGUGUUGCACGAGAAAUUGGAUAGACGAAGGAAGAAUUUGCAGACGGGUCUCGGCGUCGCGGUGAGGAGUAAGAUAAAAUUGACCACUUUCGAUUUAAAGGUGGUCAUACAGCAAGGAGCGCUGAUGCUAGAACGUCUCUAUCCCACUCACGUUUUCGCGAGACUUCCCGGGAAUGAGGAGGACUUCUGGGAGAAUAAAGGUUUAGGAGUGUGCGAUUGGGCAGGUUUGGCGGGUCUCAUGUACGCCGAAAUCUUUAGUUUGGACUUCCUGCAACCGCUCGACGAUUCCGAUACGAAAUUCAGAUUGGAGCCGCACCCGGGAGUCGAUCUGUCGCGAUACACAGACAUGGUUCACAGCACCGAGCUCGGCGGCAUCAACGGGCCCGAUUUGCUCGGCGCUGUGUACGCACCACGCGGGAAUAUCCAGGUACACAGCCCGUAUCUCGAGGUGUCCGCCUUCAAUCCGCGACUUAAGCAAGCCAGCAACAGCAGAAAAUCUGACAAACGGUGCAACACGUUUAUUAGCGACGGUUUAUUAACGUCGAAGAUACGAAGACUCACAAUAGCGAACGACAACGGCUCAGAGGGACGGUGGCAACCGUGGAAACGUCAGAUUCGUCCGUACAGCGCGGAGAAGCUGGUGAUUCCCUUGCCGAUUCCGCAUCCGGCGCACAUAGCAGUAACCAUACACAAUCGCGACUCGGAGGAUCCGAUACCCCUUGAUUCGGAGCUGUGUCAGAAUAUUCUGCGAGCCAUCGAGGAGUCACCUGGCGAGAUGGCGACGGAGUGCGUCAGCCGAUACAGAGGCGGCGGCGGCGAUUCCAGCUUCGAUUCCGUUGCGUCGCAAUCGUCGGUCUCCAUCGAAACCGGCUUGGACAAGGAGAACGAGACGACGCAGGAAACCACCGCGGCGGGCGCCGGGAAAGAGGGCGAGACUUAUCACUGGACUCUGUCGAAUUGGGGCGGCGGCAUGACGCGAAGACGAAAUAACUCUGGAUCCAUAAAGGUCGACUUGGCGUCUCCGGAGGACGUCACCCUCGACACAGAUACCACCAGAGUGAUGUUCAGCACGUACGGAACAACCGUCUAAAUUAAAUCCGCCGUUAUAUGCGCCGAAUAAAUGAUUACUUCCGUCAUCGUAUUUAUAAACGUGAAGAGAAAAAAAAAGAGCUGCAACUCUUUAGCGAAUUCAGUUUUAGAGAACAGCCUUUGCCACUUAAAGUGACACGAUGCAAUAUUAAAAUCGCAUUAUUCACUUUCAGCUAUAAGUAAUGCGGAUUCUUAACCAGUAUACUAAGCGUUUAACCGAUAAACUCCCAAAUUUAAUCAAAAAACUUAAAAUGUUUAAAGACACUUUCAGACAAAGAACAUAUUUACUGACAUAUUAUCGAGUAAAAUACGUACUAUUGAAUAAUAUCCAAUGAAGUACGAUUAUUUGUAUUGUGACAAAAAUUGCGCGAUCUCUGUUAUAUUCGAAAAAUCUAAAAAUUCGUUACACAAAUAUUAAUUGUCAAAUUUUUAUUCGUUCAGUGUGAAAGUUCACGUAGCGAACUUUAAAUAUUGGACGACUAUUGGCUUAAUAAGAAAUAUUAAAUGAUCAAUGCAAGACUUAAAAAUUUCACUAUUAUGAAAUUACGAUUUUUAAGAGUAUUAUAAGAAAGGAUUAUAGAGAACAAAAAUAUUCCAGUUUUUAGUGCAGCAGGUAAGACUAGUGAGGAGUCUCUUCUUAACACUAUGUUAAACAAAUGCGACAUUCGUAUUGAUAUAUACUGUAUAUAGAUAGCUAAUUGUAUAAAUGAACUUGUUAAUGUAAUUUACUCCAAAUAUAUAUAUACAUUGUCCGUUAUUUACAGUAUGCUAAACGGCGACACGCCGAUAAAGAUAUAUGCUUACGAUUAUACUCAUUUAAUAUUAUACAACGUGUAGAACUUAUAGCGUGUGCUUAUAUAUGAUGAUUAUUUUAUGAAAUAUGAAAUUAUAUGAAAUCGA